AGCCUGUAUCUCCCCUCAGUAUCAGCGGUAGACUGUCUCGCGUAACGCAAUUCUUGUCUGAAGUCACAUCAUUUCCUAUACUCUCUUAAUCUCCUAACAUAAAAAUAAACUUCAACAAAUAUGGCUCCCCCGACGUACAAAGAUCUUGGCAAAAGUGCACGUGACGUUUUUUCCAAUGGUUAUCAUUUUGGCCUCUUAAAAUUAGACGUCAAAACCAAGACUGAUUCUGGAGUUGAGUUCUCCAGUGGUGGAGUAUCCAAUCAAGAUACUGGAAAAGUAUUCGCUACUUUGGAAACCAAGUAUAAAAUUAAGGAAUACGGUUUGACGUUCAGUGAGAAAUGGAAUACGGAUAACACUCUUGCAACUGAUAUAACUAUUGCGGAUAAAUUACUUAGUGGACUUAGCAUUGGUUAUAGUUGUACUUUCUCACCUCAGACUGGAACUAAGACUGGACAAUUGAAGACUACUUACAAACAUGAAAAUGUAUCGGCAACUGCUGACCUCGAUUUAAGUCUUACUACUGGUCCACUUAUUAAUGCAUCUGCAGUUGUAGGAUAUCAAGGAUGGCUUGCUGGCUAUCAAGCUUCUUUCGACUCGCAGAGAAGCAAGCUAACAAAGAACAAUUUUGCUCUUGGAUUUACUGCCUCUGAUUUUGGUUUCCACACUUGUGUGGACAAUGGUCGUGAAUUUGGGGCCUCCAUUUAUCAUAAAGUUAAACCUGAUUUAGAAGGUGCCAUUAAUUUGGCUUGGAAUUCCAGUAACAAUGUUACACAAUUUGGAAUUGGUACCAAAUAUAAUCUUGAUAAUGAUGCGAGUGUUAGGGCUAAAGUUAAUUCUCAACUUCAGAUAGGGUUGGGAUAUCAACAGAAACUUCGUGAAGGUGUAACUUUGACUUUGUCAUCCAACAUUGAUGGAAAGAACUUUAGUUCCGGUGGUCACAAAAUUGGUUUCGCAUUAAAUCUCGAGGCUUAAAUAUAAAACCUUUAACAGAGAAAAAAAAAAAGACGUUUCAAACAGUUAUUACUUUCAUGACUUUGAUGUCAUAAAAACUGCAACACAAUACAUGCUUCAAAUAAAAAUAUUACCUAUAAUAUGUAGAUAGGUUUAUCCUUAAAUAGAUGCCACACGAAAAAAAAUAUCAUGCAUCACUUUUAAGCAGUUACAGGGACUAAACUAUAUAGUAUCACGAUCAUGGAUAAAAUACAUUGAAUUGUUCAAGAGAAAAGUAUCUUCUAUAACACAGGUAAAAACAAAAAAAGAAAUUAGUGUGGUAUGAUUAUUCCUUCUGUACUUCGAUAAUAUUCUAGAUAUGUAUAAUAAUUUAUUGUUAAUUUGUCUGAGCAGUUGAAUCCUGUAACACAGAAUAUAAAAUAUUUGUUACACAA